AUAGAUCCCAGAUAGAUCAGAGACCGUCCAAAACCGCAGUGAAAUCGCGAGGCGGCAGCUCUCUCGGGCCAACCCGACCGAAGGCUCGCGACCGCCUCCUCUUCAUCCUCAGAUCUCGCCGCCGGCGGAAUGCUCCCCUCCUCCCACGGCGGCGGCCGCAGACGCCUCGUCCUCCUCCUCGCACUCACCGCCGUCUUCGCCUUCGCUUCUCCGCUCCGCGCGUCCGCCUCAGAGUCUGACCACAAGUACAAAGCUGGAGAUUCAGUUAAGCUCUGGGUGAAUAAAGUUGGACCUUACAAUAAUCCUCAAGAAACUUACAAUUAUCACAGCCUCCCAUUUUGUCAACCAUCUGAGAACCCUGGGCAUAAGUGGGGUGGUCUUGGAGAAGUCCUGGGUGGGAAUGAGUUGAUUGAUAGUCAGCUUGACAUAAAGUUCUUAAGAAAUGUGGAAAGGGGAUCCAUUUGCACACUGGAACUAGAUUCCAAGAAGGUUCAACAAUUUGCUGAUGCCAUUGAAAGCUCGUACUGGUUUGAAUUUUUCAUAGAUGAUCUGCCUCUUUGGGGAUUUGUUGGAGAGACUGACAAAAACAGUGAAAACAAGCACUAUCUUUACACGCACAAGAACAUUCUUGUAAAGUACAAUGAUAACAGGAUAAUUCAUGUUAAUCUCACCCAAGAGUCUCCUAAGCUCCUUGACGCUGGCAAGAAGUUGGACUUGACAUAUUCAGUGAAGUGGGUACCAACAGAUGUUUCAUUUGCACGCCGUUUUGAAGUUUACCUGGACUAUCCUUUCUUUGAACACCAGAUUCACUGGUUCUCCAUUUUCAAUUCUUUCAUGAUGGUUAUUUUUCUCACUGGUUUGGUUUCAAUGAUAUUGAUGCGAACACUGAGAAAUGAUUAUGCAAAAUAUGCUCGUGAUGAUGAUGAUCUAGAGUCACUGGAGAGAGAUGUUAAUGAGGAAUCUGGGUGGAAACUUGUCCAUGGUGAUGUAUUUCGUCCU